CCUUUAAGCUUGCCAAGCAGUAGGGGGCUUAAAAGAGUUCGCCCGCGUUGGUCAUUAAGCAUUUUUCCCCCUACAGCACAACUCCAUACCAUCCUUUCCGCCUGUUUCGUUGCCGGUAUGCUGAAUGUUGGCCACUGUGUUACUACUACUGUGUGUAGUAUAAAUUGACCGCUCGUGGCAAGUGGAAUCGUGGCGAACAAGCGCACUGCACCCACCAUCGCAGUGCAGCAACAAACGUUCCCUUUCUAUACCAGCGAUGAAGUCACUCGAUUCUGUGUUGAAAAUGAGUUUGCAUCGAGCGUAUGCUUGAUCAACCCGCUGGAAGGUUAGCGAGUUCUGCAUCACUGCUGGCAUUAGGAUAGGAACAAGAACCAUACAUCAUGGGAUCCGGAGGUAGAAUGGACUGCUGCGGGCAGUGCGUUAAGUACAGCAUGUUUGUGGCCAACUUUGUCAUCUUUCUCGGUGGCGCAAUCGUGUUCGGUUUGGGCAUUUGGACACUGGUGGACAAACACUUCAUCAACGAGCUGCUCGGUACGAAUCUGUUCUCCGGUGCGGUAUAUGUGCUGAUUGCCACCUCCGCCCUAGUUUGUCUGUUGUCGUUCUUCGGAUGCAUGGGCGCGGCUAAAGAGUACAAGUGUAUGCUGCUGACGUACUUCAUACUGGUGUUCCUCAUCUUCGUGACGAUGCUGAUCGGUGGCAUCCUUGGGUACGUGUUCCGCGAGAAGGUAUCACAAACGAUGGGCGACGAGAUGCGCUCGUCGAUGAGUUUGUACGGUACGCGGCGCACCAUUACGACGGCAUGGGACGAAACGCAGCAGCGAUUGAAGUGCUGCGGCGUCAGGGGCCACACCGAUUGGCGCGGUGAAAUCCCACAGUCGUGCUGCCAGCGAACACUGGACGGUUAUAAGCCGUGCGUCGAGAAUCCUAGCCCGGAAAACAUCUACAUCAACGGUUGUCUCGAGAUCACGUCCAGCUACAUACGGGAUAAUGCGGCCAUCAUCGGCGGUGGCGGUAUUGGUGUUGCAGUGCUGCUAAUAUUCGGCAUGAUAUUCUCGUGCUCACUGUUCCGGAUGAUUGAAUAAACAUGAUGGUACAUCUGCAAUCCAGCAACCGUUCAUACGUUCCCUUGGCUAGGCUCUGAACCGACCGGAAGCAGAGCAAACGGAAGGUUGAGUACAGCGAGCAAGGUUUCCAUCCUCCGUGGAAAGUAUUGCGUGCGGGACAUCUGGUUGCACACUGAACAAGCAAUAGGGAGCGUUAAUCCAAGUCGCACAUACUUCGUACUUCGAUACAUUAAGACAUCUACUUUUACAGCUCGUUUCUUGUGACCCUUUCGUGUUGAGUCAGCAAAUGUUCUGGACAGGCAGAACUUAAAUUGCAAGCUUAAACAGCAUUCCGUCCAUGCGGCACAAUCAUACCUUGUGUAGUUUCGUUGUAAAAGCGCUAAGAACUAGCGGGAUUCAUAGUAGUAUGCUCAUGCUAUCUGCUGUAUACAUAGUUUAUCAGUUUUUUUUUGUACUUGUGCUUCCCUUCAUUUGAACGUAGUAAUCACACGUUUCCCUGUGGCGUUGGACAAUGUUUUGCGCUUCACGCAGACGUAAGGCACUUUCACAUCCUGCUCUCAUUACAUUCUAAUUGUUAAGGUAUUUUUUUUUAUUUUAAUUUAAAACACAAUCGAUCGGCUGAAGCGAGACGACAAAAAGGGAUUGCAAAUUGUAAGCCACGACAAAGAAAUUGAAGAAACAAAAUUUAUGCUACCACGAACGAUUGUAUAAUUCCAUGUGCUUUUAUGUAGUUUUUAAUAAACAGAAAGGAACGAAAAGAAUUUAAA